AGCGCAUUUCGCAGUUUCAGUAGCAAAGCAAGGCUAAGAGUAGCAAACGAAACGAAACUACAACCGAAGUGUAUUUUAAAAGUGACAACGGCACGUUGUGGAAUGUGUGUAUCGUCUGCAGACAAGAAAUUCCGUCAACGAGUCGCAAAUUAGCAUAUUGCCCGCAGAUCGUUUGGUGAAGUGACUUUAGGUGACAAGUCUUUUUAUCAGUGAAUAGAAAAGCAGCUCACGGGAUAUCGACAAUGGCUUUGCUGGGGCGGUUAAUCCGUGGACUUCCUGAAACACUGACCCGUUCGAUCAGCAAAAAUGGUUACACCAGCAUAGCGGCGGCAACAGCCGCUAAAUUACAGGAAUUAGCAUUAGAGGAAAAUUGCAUUCUUGUGAACGAGAACGAUCAACCGCUUGGGAACGCUUCUAAGCGGGAUUGCCAUCGUGUAGAUCCUAAAGGACAUAUCCGGUUACACAGGGCUUUCAGCGUAUUCCUUUUCAAUACCAAGGGCGAAAUGUUGCUGCAGCGCAGAUCGACGCACAAGAUUACCUUUCCGGACUGUUACACCAAUGCCUGCUGUAGCCAUCCGUUGUACGAUAUUGAAGGUGAACGCGAAGAACUUAACGCGCUCGGAAUUCGUCGGGCUGCCCAGCGAAGACUGAAUUACGAAUUGGGAAUCCCCCUAAAUGAGGUCCGGCCGGAAAAUUUCCAUUUCCUGACGCGGAUCCACUACGCCGACCAAGGCGACGGUGUGUGGGGAGAGCACGAAAUCGACUAUAUUCUGUUCCUUCAGAAAGAUGUGACCCUGAAACCGAACGACAGUGAGGUAAGCGAAAUCCGGUACAUCCGACGGGACGACCUGGAUCGUCAAAUCUCCGGUCUGGAUGCUCCGCUGACCCCCUGGUUUCGGCUGAUAUUGGCCAACCGGCUGAAGCUGUGGUGGGAUAACCUGCAUCGGCUUCGAAAGUAUGAGAAUCUAGAGAAAAUCGAAAAAUUUUGAGCGGCAGUUAUAACUCAGCAUGCAGCAAACAGUGGGGCAAUACUAGUUAAUACGAUUGACUUAUUGUAAAGUUUUCUUUAUAUGUAGUUAGCUUUGUUAGAGGUUGUUUUAUCACAAAUAUAUCACAGGGUUGGCUUAAUUCAUGGCUUGAACAGUAGUUCGAGGAUAACCAUUAUCAACGAUUCAAUUCUCAUGAGUUAUAUGAAUUGUAGAAAAUGACGAUAUAAAAAUUUUUUGAAUACGUAAUGUUAUGGAAUGUAAAUUAUUUUCCUUUGAAGCAAUGUGGUGUCAGAAAAAUAGUUUGUUAAGUGACCUAGGUACAUUCUAUAUGGGAAAAGAUCAUUCAUACUGUUUUGGAGCGUCUAUAUUUCAGUUAUUUGAAUCAAAAAUCAAUUGUUUCAUACGAAUUUACAAAAAUCAAUCAAUUUACUUUUGUUUCUAUUGUAGAAUUGUGCCUGUUUUUAAAAUUAUAAGAUCUGCAUUAAAUUU